AUGACUUCUCAUCAGCCCAGGCCCUUUGUCAUGGCACACACAUCCAACCAGUGGAGCUCUGGAAUCUGUGACUGCUGUCAAGAUGUACCAGAGUGUUGCUUCUCGUUUUGGUGCUUUCCCUGUUUUGCCUGUGCGACGGCUCGUAAGCAUGGCGAGUGUCUGUGUCUGCCUCUGCUCGACGGAUUUGGAUGCAUUCCUCCAAUAACAAUGGCCAUGAGGGUAUCAGUGCGCACUCGCUAUGGAAUCCAGGGUACUAUCUGUAAGGAUUGUGUUUAUUCCACCUUCUGUGGCGUCUGCGCCUGGUGCCAAAUGUCCCGAGAAAUGAAUGUCCGUGAAAACAACAUCUCUCUUGUCCACAAUCGAGCAAAAUAAAGGCAA